UCCCCCCCCCCCCCCCCGCGCCCCCGCGGGCCGCAGUGACAGGCAGGCGGGAGCGCGCGCGGCGCGGGCACAGCGGGACCGGCACCGGGACCGGGCCGCCGCCGCCGCCGCCGCCAUGAACGGCAAAGGGCAGUUCCCCCCCCAGCCCGCCUACCCCGUGCAGCCCCCCGCCAACCCCCCCGUGUACCCGCAGACCCUGCCGCUGCCCCAGCCGCCGCCCUACACGGACGCCCCGCCCGCGUACUCCGAGCUUUACCGGCCCAGCUUCGUGCCUCUGGGGGCCGCCACCGUCCCCACCAUGUCCGCGGCGUACCCGGGCGCUUCGGUCUUCCUGCCCGUGGCCCAGUCCGUGGCCGUGGGUCCCAUCGGCUCCUCCGUCCCCAUGGCCUAUUACCCCGUGGGCCCCGUGUACCCCCCCGGCUCCACGGUGCUGGUGGAAGGCGGCUUCGAUGCUGGAGCCAGGUUUGGGGCCGGCGGCACGGCCAGCAUCCCGCCCCCCCCUCCCGGGUGCCCCCCCAACGCCGCCCAGCUGGCCGUCAUGCAGGGAGCCAACGUCUUGGUGACGCAGCGGAAGGGGAACUUCUUCCUGGGAGGCUCGGACGGCGGCUACACCAUCUGGUGAAGAAGGAAAGGGGCCGGGGGGGGGAGCGGGAAGGGGUGGGGGGGCUACGUUUGUGUAAGGGAAGACAUCACAUCCCGUCAGCACUUCUCACCAUGUAACUGCUUUAGUCCAUAUUAACCCGAGGUUGCAGCGCAGACACAACGCCAGGGCUCCUCCUGGCCAGGACCCCCAUGCUGAGCGGGGCCUCUGCUGAUUUGGGGGGGGGAGAGGCGGGUUCCCCAAACCACGGCAGCCCUCAGCCUCUCCCUGGCGUUUCGCAGCGCUGCCGCUGAGCUUUACUGAUCGGCUGCUUUGGGGAGGGCGAGGGGGGCGAGCUGGAGGCAGGGCGCGACCCCUUCCCCUCGCGAUCCUUCUGAGCCAGCCCCGAAAACCUUGGGGUUUCCCCUCCAGAGAAGCCGAGGUGCUGUGUGGGGGGCGAGGCGACCUUCCCCCCCCCACGCCGGGGGCACCUCGGCGCUGCUUCCUGCCCGACCUCACUGCAGAGCGGAUCCCUCGGGGCGCUCUGUGCUCACCGUCGCCCUUCGCUCCCCUCCAGGAAGGCGCAGCUGGCGUGUGUCAUGGGGUUUCUUUUGUACACUCCAAGUAAUCUUGGAUUUCUUUGCACAUUAGAUCUAAUCAAAGCCAUGCUUUGGUGCCAGAAACACAAUGCAACUCAUGUUUGAACAUUUCAUUAAUGCUAACUAGGCUUUUAGGACGACGCUUAAUAAACCAACUCUUUUUUUCCUCUUUUUUUUUGAACUCAACCUGGUGUCCUGACACCAAAACUCCUUAAGGCUGUUGUUCAAACAGAGGCUGGUCACCAUCUGCACAGGGGUGUGUAGCAACUGUCAAUCAACACACAAAUUAGCUUGGUUAAUCGGUUGUUUUACGAAUGCAUACUUCAGAAAUGACUUGGGUGUAAUGAAGUCUUAGUAGGGUUAAGAAGAAUAUUUCAGGGAUCCUCAGUGUUUUUUCUCUUUUUUUUUUUUGUUUUUGUUUUAUGAAGAAAAAUAUCAGAUUCAAAUAUAUUUUAUCUCGAGGUUUCAGUUUAAUCUAAAUCUGUGUCCUGUAUAUGUUGUGUUUAACCAUCCAACUGACUGUUAUGGAAGUUCAGCAUUACGUAUCUCUCUGUAUACACUGUGGUGCACUUAACUUGUGGAUUUUUUUAUACUAAAAAAAAGUAGAAUAAAGACUAUUUUGAAAAUUUGAA